AUUAUACAUACCUUGAAAUAUUAAUAUUUUAUAUGAUACUCAAGCAAAUGCAAAGAAAUAGUAAUAAAAUAGUAGGACAAUGACCCCCAAAUAUAAUAAUAAGGGCAUUCUAAAACAUAGCUUUUGUACAUGGCCAUUUGUGAACUCAAAUGAAAUUGAGUUCCGCAAAGGUGCCUAAGGAGUCAAAGGGGGCCUCCCCAAUUGAUGGACAUAAUUACUCUCUUCACUCAAAAAGGAGGAGCGGGCGCACAACUCUUCCCGUCCAAGCAGCAGAGCAAUGGUCAGUAGCGGUAGACAUGCACAACACCAACAGUAUUCAGCCCCAAAAUAGCCACACAUCAACCAGCCGUUCAUCAGACUCCGGCGAGCCUUGUGCCACGGGUAACAAAUGGGCCUCAAGGCUCCUAAGGGAAUGCGCUAGAGCCAUCUCCGACAAGGACUCUACCAAAAUCCAUCACCUUCUGUGGAUGUUAAACGAGCUCGCUUCCCCUUAUGGAGACUGUGACCAGAAACUAGCAUCUUAUUUCUUGCAAGCACUCUUUUGCAAGGCCACCGAAUCGGGGCAACGAUGCUACAGAACCCUAACUUCGGUAGCGGAAAGGAGCCACUCCUUUGAUUCAGCUAGGAAGUUAAUCCUUAAGUUCCAAGAGGUAAGUCCAUGGACUACUUUUGGUCAUGUAGCUGCGAAUGGUGCAAUUUUGGAGGCCUUAGAUGGGGAGGCCAAACUUCACAUCAUCGAUAUAAGCAAUACCCUUUGCACUCAAUGGCCAACUUUGCUAGAAGCUUUGGCCACGAGAAACGAUGAGACACCACACUUAAAGCUCACUGUCGUGGUUACAGCUAAUAUUGUAAGGUCGGUCAUGAAGGAAAUAAGCCAGAGAAUGGAGAAGUUUGCUAGGUUAAUGGGUGUGCCUUUCGAGUUUAAUGUAAUAAGUGGGCUGAAUCACUUGGGCGAACUCACAAAGGAGGCACUCGGUGUUCUUGAGGAUGAAGCCGUCGCGGUGAAUUGCAUCGGGGCCUUGAGAAGAGUUGCAGUGGAGGAAAGAGGAGCCGUGAUCCAGAUGUUCCAAUCCCUUGGGCCUAAAGUCGUGACGGUUGUCGAGGAAGAAGCAGAUUUUUCAAGCACCCGAUAUGACUUUGUCAGGUGCUUCGAAGAAUGCCUAAGAUUUUAUACACUGUACUUCGACAUGCUUGAGGAGAGCUUUGCCCCAACCAGCAAUGAGAAGCUGAUGCUGGAAAGGGAGUGUUCAAGGAGCAUAGUUAGGGUUUUGGCUUGUGAGGAUGGGGAAGAUGGUACUGCAGGAGAGUGUGAGAGAAGGGAGAAAGGGAGCCAAUGGUCUGACAGGCUCAAGGAGGCUUUUUCACCGGUUGGAUUCAGCGACGACGUCGUCGAUGAUGUCAAGGCAUUGCUAAAAAGGUACAGAGCCGGAUGGGCGCUUGCACAACCACACCAAGAUGAAACAGGACUUUACUUAACAUGGAAAGAGGAAGCCGUAGUAUGGGCAUCAGCAUGGAAACCCUAGAAAUUGGGCCAAAUUAGCAGCCACGGAUUCCACAUGUUCUGAAAAAGUGAAGCCUCUUGCACUGCAUUUAUGCACGAGUUUGGAAGCAAUGAAAGCAUGCAGAUGGAGUUCACUUUUCUUAUAUAUCUUCUUCUUAUUCAUAUAUGCAUGCUUGUAUUUUAUCUUAUGUCCACUUUUCUUCUUCAGCUUUAUGCUUUGGAGUUUGUGAUGUUUCUUUUUCUGCUUUAGAUCAUUAUUCUUGUUUGAA